ACCUUGGGCCAGGAUCUUCCUACCUUUCCAUGAAACUGAGGACAAUAGAAAAGCUUGGACCAUGUAUACAAGUCACGAAGAUGUUGGCUAUGAUUUUGAAGAUGACCCCAAGGAUAAGAAGACACUCAAGCCCCACCCGGACAUUGAUGGCGGCUGGGCUUGGAUGAUGGUCCUCUCUUCUUUCUUUGUGCACAUUCUCAUCAUGGGCUCCCAAAUGGCCCUUGGAGUCCUCAAUGUGGAGUGGCUGGAGGAAUUCCAACAGAGCCGUGGCCUGACAGCCUGGGUCAGCUCUCUGAGCAUGGGCAUCACCUUGAUCGUGGGGCCUUUCAUCGGCUUGUUCAUUAACACCUGUGGGUGUCGGCAAACCACCAUUGUCGGAGGCCUGUUGAACUCGCUGGGCUGGGUGCUGAGCGCCUAUGCAGCCAACGUGCAAUAUCUCUUCAUUACUUUCGGGGUGACCGCUGGCCUGGGCAGCGGGAUGGCCUACCUGCCCGCCGUGGUCACAGUGGGGAGGUAUUUCCAGAAGCGACGAGCGCUGGCCCAGGGCCUCAGCACCACGGGGACGGGGUUCGGCACCUUCCUGAUGACCGCCUUGCUCAAGUACCUGUGCUCGGAGUACGGGUGGCGCAACGCCAUGUUCAUCCAGGGCGCCGUGUCCUUGAACCUGUGCGUGUGCGGGGCGCUCAUGCGGCCGCUGUCCGCGGGGAAGGACGGACCCCGGCCGGGAGCCCAGGCGCCCCGGUGGCACGCGGGCUACUUCGGCGCCGCCUCGCUCUUCACCAACCACGUGUUCGUGGCCUUUGUUUUCUGGGCGCUGUUCGCCUACAGCAGCUUCGUCGUCCCCUUCAUCCACCUCCCGGAGAUAGUCAACCUCUACCACCUGUCGGCGCAGAACGACGUCUUCCCGCUGACCUCCAUCAUCGCCAUCGUGCACAUCGCCGGCAAGGUGGUGCUGGGCGCCGUGGCCGACCUGCCCGGCGUCCGCGUCUGGACCGUCUUCCUCCUGGCCAACCUCACGCUGGGCCUCAGCAUCUUCCUCCUGCCCCUGCUGCGCACCUACGCCGGCCUGGCCGUCAUCUGCGCCCUCAUCGGCUUCUCCAGCGGCUACUUCUCCCUCAUGCCCGUGGUGACCGAGGACCUGGUGGGCAUCCGACACCUGGCCAACGCCUACGGCAUCAUCAUCUGCGCCAACGGCAUCUCCGCCUUGUUGGGACCUCCGUUCGCGGGGUGGAUCUACGACAUCACCCAAAAAUACGACUUUUCCUUCUAUAUAUGUGGAUUGCUUUACAUGAUAGGAAUACUCUUUUUACUCAUCCAACCAUGUAUUCGAAUUAUAGAACAAUCCAGAAGAAAACAUAUAGACAACGCACACGUGUGAGAGUCCCAUAUGCAUUUCACUCUGAUUUCAUUAGUUGCACGCCUACCUACCUCGUUAGGAGACUGACCAUGUGGGGUUGGUUUGUAGGAUUGGGCUGGGUCACUUUUAAGAGCCGCUGUGAUGGCUGAAAUUGUAAGUGGCAGUGCUGGGCCACGUAUCAGGGACCACAUUAAGUUUUAGAGAUGACUGUGUUUAUAGCCUGUUAAAUAACUGAUACGGAUGUGCUUGUGGGAACCAUUCUCUUUCAUCCUUCACUGGGACUAGGCUAGGAGCUACAAACACACAGAGAACGGAAGCUUUCAAACCCAACAGGCAAAAGAAACAAAACUGCAUGUUUCUACAAAAUGCAGUGAGAACUGGGUUUCAAGCACACAGAAUAUGACUGCUUUUCCGAAAUCAAUUAUUACAGGGAGUUGCUGAUAUUCCAUAUAGAACAAAGGCAGGCUUUAAUUUCAAAACAAUCCAAUUUAGUGCAAUUCAAGAAACGUGGUUUAUAUUUUUUAUGAAAGCAUUCUGCAGUUAGGGAGAGACAGCAUCGGCUAUCAAUUGCAAUUCAAUUAUCCAGUCACAAACGAUGACUUCAGCCAGGCACUGGUAGCUCAUGCCUGUCAAUCCUAGCUACUAAGGAGGCUGAGAUCUGAGGAUCAUGGU